UAUGGCACAGUGCACUUGGUCGAGAUUAUUGCACUAGUGUGUCUGACACGAUCAGUGUGCGUGCAUCCACAACAUGCUCGGGAAUCAUUCCUCAUGUUGAUAUUAUAUCCGUCGGGAUCGCUCCAGCGCCUCCCGCGCUUGCCGCUCUGCCCGCAGUUUCUCCAUGACCGACAAGCCUGAUGAUGCCUUGGAAGGCUUGGACGAUCGCGGCUUGGUAGAAGAAGACGACGGGAGCUUCCUCUCCUGGUCCGUGUCGCGCGUGCUAAUCACUUUGUCGCCUGCAAAGUCGAUACGCUUGAACACGACUGCCUUUUUUGCUUCAAGAAACGGCGGUGGAUGGGCGAGGAGGUCGCCCAUGGGGUCGGCAAAUGUGUCGCGCCUGUGAUGAUCCUCCUUGUCGGUGUCGUCAUCCUUGGCAUGUGCAUACCAUGGCAACGAAGGAUGGCUCUUCUUCGCGUCCUGCUGUUUGCGCCGUUUCGACGGAGGGUACUGCGGCUUGUACGCAGGAUUCAAGUCCCCACCGAGCGCCACUCCUUCCUCGUGAAACUCUUUUGGCUUCGGGGGGUCCAUCAGCAUCUUGUUAUUAUGAUCUUCGGCAUCCUGGAAGAAGUUGAUGUGUUUCAACUCGGACGAUGGUGGCGCCGAGAGCGAAGGUGACGACGUAGUAGGUUUUGUUCCUUUGAGGUGCUCGACGCGGCUGUCCAGGUCUCGCUUGCGUUUUUCCCGAGUAUCCUUCUUUGUCUUCUCAUCAUGGAGCCUUUCGUCGCGGCGGACCUUCUCGAUGUUCUCUCGUGUCCAGACAUGCCACUUCUUGUGGCCCAAGAUCCGCAACCCGCCGCCGCCCAUGAGCCUCGUCGCGCGAAAUCCGAUUUUUC